AUGGCGUACAAAAUGAUUGUCUGUGUCUGUGUUAUCACCGCUGGAACCGCUACUAUUCACUUUGAAGUGAACUCAAGCCAUGACUUUCCGCCACAACCGCCACAAAACACCGCCGAAGACAUCAUUAGAUUGGCCGAAAGAUCCAAUGGUCAGAGCAUUGGUAUUACAUUUGGUGAUAAAUGGGAGGCAAACCAUUGCAAGACAUUAGUAAUGAUCAGAAGACUUGACUUAUGCGAACAGUUGUCUAAACGCAAGCCAUCGCCAGACCUGCCAUUAGAUACUGGACUCGAGACUCAAUUGCCUCGCGAAGCCAUUACCGGUCGUGGGUAUAGUAGCCGCACACAGUUGUCGCGUCCAUUACCGGUGGACACGGGCCGCAUCAAACAACCGCCCCUCGGGGUUCUUGUCCCUGGGCCGACCCCGUACGACAACUGGCUAUGGACCUUUCACGUGAUUGGCUGGGGGUUUGCGAGUGCGGCCAUAGAGUGGCCAUCACUGACCAUAACAUCGGCGGCAGUUAUAUUCACCGGCGAUGAGAGGGCUAUUGAGAUGACAGCCAAUUAUGGUUUGAGAACGGUUCCGCCGCCUACCGGAUCACCCGUACUGUUCAACGCAUAUCCAGAAUGGGUUCAUUAUCUAUCGGUACAAUUGGUUGACUACACUGCCGGCGCGUACUGUAAGGCCUGUACGGUAUGGUGUGUACGGUAUGGCCACCGCAGUCCUGUUCCCACAUAUCACUCGACAACACGUACCGACGACACCUCCGUCUAUACACUAACGGGUUUCCAACUCGUGGGAAAUGGUAUGCAUUUUAGUGUAGACCUCCUGCCCGACACCGGGAGCCCAGGUAUGCGCUAUCCCGGUGUCCACCUGGCCUAUAAUGGUGGCAACUCUCACUAUCAUCUAACCUACGCGUUAUGCGCUGUACUAAUGUUAUCGGUGGGCGAGUCAUUGGCCCAAUCAUGCCCGGAGCCGAGCGCCAUCGCACCAUGCACAUGUUUCCGGGAAGUUGCGCCACCCGUCGGAUUCAACGUCUAUAUAUACUGCGAGGGCAGCGACCCAUUGGACCUGAAAGCCAUGUUUCACCGGCUAAGCCCCGGCACCGGUCGUGGUUACUACCGGUUCCGGUUAACCAACACAGCGAUCGACACAUUGCCGGCCGAUCUGUUUGGCACCAUUAAGUUUCAUGAGAUCGAGGUAAUCGGCGCCCAUAGCCUACAACGGGUACACUCGCGGGCAUUGGCCGGUCAGUCACUGCAGAGAGUGUACAUCAGCGACGCGCCUAUAGCAGCGCCUGAGGGCGAGUAUGAUUUGUUCAAAGCCCUGGCGCCGGCUAUUGGCGACCUCUACGAGCUAACACUUGUUAACACUAGCUUAACUGCUAUACCUGCCAAAGCUCUACACUCGGCCCCUAAGCUUCACAAAGUGACAAUUAUUAACAAUAAGGCACUGACUAGUUUGGGCACCGGUGCGCUCAACCUCACUGGUCAGCUCCUGUCCGUAAACCUGCAAAAUAAUAGUAUAUUUAAUGUGUCGGCCGAUGCCAUAAGACUGGCGCCCACUUUUUUGGCUGAGCUUAACGUUAACGGCAAUCCGUUGUCCGUACGGCCGCUGAGCGGUCAGACAUUUGCCGGCAUUAGUAAAGGCAGUGACGCCUCGCUGUACACCUAUGGCGACGGCUUUCGGUACGUGAAUCGUACGGUAUUCGAGCCGUACCUGAGCUCCAGUACUAAACAUCGGCUCUAUUCGGACACCGACUGCGCCGACACUCGUAAUGAUUGGUUGCGCCAGAAAUACGCCAAACAAUGACAAAUACCAACGCUGCCACACUAUAUAAAGAGAAAUACCAACGCUGCCUCACCCUCUGAGGCCAAAUACCAACGCUGCCUCACGCUCUAA